GGUGUACCUCAUCCUUAAACUAUACCAUCACCUGGGGAAUUUAAGGCAUUCUUCCCAUAUGGUCCAACUUGGUAGGCAAUGAAGGAGCUGAAGUUGCAUCUUUUAAUUGUAUUCCUCGUUUUGUCUUGCUGUGUGAGUGAAGCUCCACCGAAAGCUAAACGGAAAAACAUUUUGGAAGUAAAAUUGAAACAAGGCGAAAAUGGAAAUUUGCAUUGCAACAUUACCGGAGAUCCGCACCCGACGUAUACAUGGGAAAAAUACACAUACUGGUGGAAAAAAGUCAAAGUAUUCCCCACAAAAAAAGAAGUUCUUCGUUUGGAAAAUGUAAAUUCGGCUGAUGCUGGUAUAUAUCUUUGUACGGCAGAAAACAGGCUUGGAAAAGCUGGUCACAGAUUUGUUGUCCGUGUGCCUACCACUCCAGAAAUAAUCAGAUUUGAAGUGCUUGAAGCUGGCCACAUGUAUUGUCAAGCCAAAGGAUACCCCGUUCCUGAUAUCACUUGGGAAAAAGCAACAGGCUCUCAGUGGAUUCCACUGGAAAGUGGAGUAAAAUACUCUUCUGAGUUCAUCAGAAAAAAGACCAUGAUUCUUGGAUACCUGGCGAUUUUGUCACCCAGUCCGGAGGAUCAAGGGAUUUAUCGAUGUAGUGCUGAAAAUUCAGUUGGAGUAGCCAAAAAAGAUAUAUCUUUAAAUGGCCAAUUAAUCUGAGGAGAUAAAUAAAAUAAAAUGUACAUUC